AUGAGCGGAUUCCGGUUUUUGUCGCUCGUGCGACCGUUUAUGUCGGUGCUGCCCGAGGUCACGGCCCCGGAGCGCAAGGUGCCCUUCCAGCAGCGUAUUAUGUGGACCGCGAUUGUGCUGGCCAUUUUCCUUGUCUCGUCGCAGAUUCCCCUGUACGGUAUCAUGUCGAGCGACAGCUCUGAUCCUCUGUACUGGAUGCGUGUGAUUCUUGCGUCGAACCGUGGUACGCUGAUGGAGCUGGGUAUCUCGCCCAUCGUCACGUCCGGCAUGAUCAUCCAGCUGCUCGCGAGUGCGAACCUUGUCCAGGUCGACUUUAGCCUGAAGGAGGACCGUGCGCUGCUUGGUGGUGCCCAGAAACUCUUUGCCCUGAUUAUCGCGCUCGGCCAGGCGACCGUCUACGUGCUGACCGGCAUGUACGGUCCUCCGAGCGAGCUCGGUGCUGGUGUCUGCCUGCUGCUUAUCUUGCAGCUUGUCGUUGCGAGUCUGGUGGUGCUGCUGCUCGAUGAGCUGCUUACGAAGGGCUACGGUCUCGGUUCGGGUAUCUCGCUCUUUAUCGCGACCAACGUCUGUGAGCAGAUCGUCUGGAAGGCCUUUUCGCCGACCACGGUCAACACUGGCCGCGGCCCCGAGUUUGAGGGUGCGAUCGUCGCGCUGUUCCAUUUGCUCUUUACGUGGAACAACAAGACGCGUGCGCUCAAGGAGGCCUUCUACCGCGAGCGUCUCCCCAACGUGUCGAACCUCGUCGCGACGCUCGCCAUCUUCCUCAUUGUGAUCUACCUCCAGGGCUUCCGUCUCGAGAUCCCGGUCAAGUCGAACAAGUUCCGCGGCCAGCGCGGCACCUUCCCGGUCAAGCUGUUCUACACGAGCAACAUGCCCAUCAUGCUGCUCUCGGCGCUCACGUCCAACUUCUUUAUCAUCAGCCAGCUGCUCUCGACGCGCUUCCCGAGCAACCUGUUCGUGCGUGUCUUGGGCUCGUGGGACGCGAUGGAGGACAGCCCGCAGAUGCACGCGGUCAGCGGUAUCGCCUACUACCUCUCGCCGCCCCAGGGCCUCUACGACGUGUUCCGCGACCCGAUCCACGCGGUGAUCUACAUUGCCUUUACGCUCACCGCCUGCGCCCUCCUCUCCACGGUGUGGAUCGAGGUAUCGGGCAGUGGUCCCCGCGAGGUCGCCAAGCAGCUCAAGGAGAACGGCAUGGUGAUUGCGGGCUACCGCGACGCCAGCAUGUACAAGGAGCUGAAGCGCGUCAUCCCGACCGCCGCCAUGUUCGGUGGUGCGAUGAUCGGUGCGCUCUCGGUCGUGGCGGACCUCUCGGGUGCGCUCGGCUCGGGCACCGGUAUCCUGCUCGCGGUGACGAUUAUCUACUCCUACUUUGAGCUCGGCGUGAAGGAGUCGCAGGGCAUCUCGGGCGGCCUCGCCGAUAUGAUCGGGUAA